CAGUGGACCGCAGUCAGCGAUUGCAUUUAAUGUAAGUAAGUGUGAGUGCUGCUGACAUUAUUCAGAUUGCAGCCACGUAAGUAAUACACAGCGAUCGAAAAUGUGUUAUAUCGGCUGUUGCUGAAAGGGAUUGGCCUGGUCCUGUCGGCCAUCCCUUAAUUUAGAGCAAACAAGCUGCAGAUUUUUUUGGGGGGUUAUUUUUUUUUGGAUUUUGUUUUGCAAAAAAAUUGUUCAUCCAAGAUCGUCAUCUGAACAAUUGUGCAGUAGCAAAAGCAUCGGGAGUUAUUUUUUAAAGUCAUCGCUGUGUUUGAUUCCUAAGCUUGGAAGAAAUAGACUGUGCACGGUGGAACACGAUACGAUUGAUCUCUUUUGUCCUUGACUGUUACCUUUUUUUAUUUUCUAUAAUUAUAUACACACAUAUAUUGCUUCUCGCCAAUAUCGGAAGGAAAUCGUCAGCCAAAGACUUGCUCAUGAGAGAGCGCGUGUGGGCAAAAGAAAUUCCCUUAAAGUUUUACUUGGUGGACGUUGCAAAGCAGAUGACAAGAGAGUGAAUGCCGUACUCUUGUUUUAUGAUAGUUUGAGGCUAUUUGUUUCCAGCUGCAAGGAGAAAGACGGCGAGAGAGGAGAUCGGACGCCACCUAGAGUCGGAGGGCGAGGAGUUGAGUCGCCACCUGGCUGGCUUGUCUGCGAGCGCCUCGGCUACUCUUUCUUGUGUUCACUGUGGCGAAUGCCCUCUCGUAGCCACAAGAACAAAAGCAUUGUGAGCUGGCGUUCCACGUUCCGCUUCGAGAACUCCAGGGCUUUGAUUCCAGUUGGUUGUUUGCUUUAAAUCUGACACAUCCUAACGUUCUAUGCAACAGACAAAAACUGUAGCAAUAAAAACAUAGUCUACAUUGUUACUCCAAAUGGUGCUUAUCUUAAAAUAAAGAAACCUCCUUUACUCCUGCUGGGUUUUUUAAUUUGAAAAGAAACCCACAACUGGAUCUACAAGCCUAGACCAAAGUACGAAAAACGAGGGGGCAACGCUCUCACAGUAGGUUUUUGAGUAAAAUACUUCCUAAAUUCCUGUUUGAACGCUUGUCAGUGAACCUAUUUUUGAGAGGACUUCUAUUUACAGCCCCAUGAGCAUACAGAGAUCCAGUCCAAUCAGCAUCGUAAGAUAUGGAAGAUCGAGGCAUAAGACUCAUCACGAAUAUGAAGAAUUAUCUUGUGUGAGGACUAGUGACUGCAGCCAGAGUUUCAGCCCGAACCUAGGCUCUCCCAGCCCACCUGAAACCCCUAACUCGUCUCAUUGCAUUUCUCAAAUCGGACAGUAUCUAUUGUUGGAGCCGUUAGAGGGUGACCACGUUCUUGGGGCUGUGCAUUUGCAUAGCGGCGAGGAGCUCAUUUGUAAGGUAUUCGAUAUUGGUCGAUAUCAAGAAACAUUAGCAGCCUAUUUUUGUUUGUCUGCACAUGAAAGCAUCAAUCAGAUAACUGAAAUUCUUCUAGGGGAGCAAAGAUCAUACGUUUUCUUUGAAAAGAGCCAUGGGGAUAUGCACUCAUUUGUUCGCACUUGCAAAAGGCUCAAAGAGGAUGAAGCAGCAAGAUUAUUCUACCAGAUAACGUCUGCUGUAGCGCACUGCCACGAUAAUGGCGUGGUACUGCGAGAUCUCAAAUUGAGGAAAUUUGUAUUUAAAGACGAAGAACGGACACAAGUAAAACUGGAAAGCUUGGAGGAUGCUUAUAUCUUAAACGGUGAAGAUGAUGCUCUUUCAGACAAGCACGGAUGUCCAGCAUAUGUGAGUCCUGAAAUCCUUAAUACCAAUGGCAGCUACUCUGGUAAGGCAGCCGAUGUGUGGAGUCUAGGUGUGAUGCUGUACACGAUGCUUGUUGGACGGUAUCCCUUCCAUGAUGUGGAGCCAGGUUCUCUCUUUAGCAAAAUUCGUCGUGGCCAGUUUAACAUUCCAGAAACACUUUCCCCACGGGCGAAAUGCCUUAUCCGUAGCAUCUUGCGUCGUGAGCCUUUGGAAAGGCUAACGUCCCGGGAAAUCUUGGACCACCCUUGGUUUGCCUCUGAUUUUGCAGCUUCUAGUUCCGGAUAUGGUGCUAAUGAAAAAGAAGCAGUUGAUCAACUGGUACCUGAUGUGAAUAUGGAUGUUGAGUUGGAUCCAUUUUUCAAUUGAGUUAAUCGAUAGGUUGGGUGUCAUUGAGAAGAUACAACAGCUGGUACUCAUCACCUGAAGGAAUCCUUCCUGAAUUGCAUAGUGGUACCUUGAAUCAACCUACCUAGGUAGCAGAAAAAUGGUGCCGAUGUACUGAGACUUUAAAAUGACUAUCAAAGUGGGACUUCUAAGGAUUUACAUGUAGCACAACUAAUUAGGGGGUUCUGCUGUUAGAUUGAUUUUUGGAGGAAAUGGCAGUGUAAAAUGUUGCAGCUUCUCAUCUCAUGGAGCCACGGAGAGCGCUGAAUACUGCACUGUAGGUAGUGGUGCAGUUCCUCACGCCAUUUUAUAAUGGUUACAAAUCACAAUAAAUAGAAACUUAAUUAGCCUCGACACAAUGUAAUACAUUGGCAUCGCACUGUUAGAUUAUUUUCCUUCUCUCAUUAUUCAGGGAAUGUACAAUUCUCCUAUAAGAGUCUCCUUAAUCGUUUCUGAUGUUUAACAUUUUACUCGAUGUGAUUCGUAACAAGAAAAAUUAGGUGCACAUGAACUGACAUGCAAUGCGGGUGCUAAAAGAAAGUUCUGCUUGUGUUUAUAUGUAGCUAUUUUCAUUAUCUUAUGUAUUUUUUUUUCCUGACUAAAUAUUCUUGUCAGAAAAUAAGCAUUUUAAUGCUUUGUUCCCUUGGAGGGAAUAAGUUAUCUGUUGUGUACAAUACUUUGAUGCAGCUUGGCAGGAACUAUUAAAAUGAAAUGUCAUACAUGUGACUUUACUGGUAGUGAAGUCCAUAUUGGCAAAAAUUCAGGGUUUGAAGUACACCGACUGGAACUGUUGUACUAGUGCAAAGAAAAUAGUUUCCUAUCUUUAUUUUUUUUCAGGUUUGAUAGUGUAUUUAUUUUAAAUGUCAAUGUAAUUUUUUCCAUCCUCUUUGCCCCCUCCCACAACAGUAUUAAAUAUUUAGUUUUUCACUUAUCUCCUUACCGGUUUCUGUUCGUUCUUCCAUUAAUUCUGGGUAAUAACUCCUUGAGCUGUGCAGAGGUAUAGUCAUGAAGUUAAAGCUGUCCUAGACCUUUUGUUUUUAUCUAGCCCUUUUUAUGAUCAAUCAAACUUCAUGAGGUUACUAUUUUGUUUUAAAGUGAGUGCAUACUGAAUAAAACUGUCACAAAAUGGUAUGCAAUUAUCUGCAUUGUUGCAUCUUGUUUUGGGAGCUUAAGAGUAAACUUUUAAUACUUUGCAUAUUUCUUUCACUUGGUGAGCAAGGUAACUGCAAUAGGAGUAAGCAUUAUUUAAUCCACAGAAAUGGUUUGCUGGGCUUGCCCCGCAGCAAGCAUUGGACAUCUGACUUGAAACAAAGAUUGAGAACAUCUGUGUGCAAGUGUUAAGCACACAUAAUUGAGUAAUAUCACAAUACAGAUGUUUAAUUUAUUGCACACGUGAAUGAGUCAAUGUGGUCAGUAGUUGAGUGUUUUAUACCAUGGCUUGGUUCUGUAUGGUUUAAUGAGUCCUGAAAAUCUUGGAUUGGAAAGCCAGUCUUUUCUGGCAAUUUCAGGUCUGUUUUUAAAUGAAUUAACUGAGUUAGAUCUUAAAUAUUAAUUUAUGAAAUUUUUUCUGCAGCAUUCUGUUUUAAUUCAGUGAGGUUGGGCUUCCAUGAUUUUUGAUAUAAAAAUAUUUUCAGUAUCUGGGACUGACCACAAAUAUCUUCCAUUGUUGAGUCCACUUGUAAAGUAAUCCUCUUACAUUAAGCCCAGCGUAAUACUGUAUGCAAAAGCACCGGAUAUUCAUUAGUUUUUUUAAUACUAUCAUGAAGGCAUCGUAUGCCUAGAUUCAAUUUUGUAAAACUGUACAGUUCAGCUAAUGAGUUGGAAUAUGGUACUCUGACAAUUUGGUAACUUGUAGUCUUACUAUCCAUGGUCAAAAUAUUGUGAAAAUAGGAUGUGACCAUUUACAAAGCAUUAUAUUCAAUACAAGCACACUUGUGGGCCUAUAAAAGAUAAAACUAAUGGACACAGAUUAAUCUGUGCCUACUUAAUGUAUUUCAAACCCUGAAUAGAUUGUAGAUUUGUUUUUUAAUUUUAAUUUGCCAGAUUAAUUUCCUUCUGCUUUCGAAUUUGCUAAGUAUUAGGAAUCUUUUGCCUUGCAUACUUCCCCCACCCCCCCCCCCCCCCGGCCCCACCCUCCAACCCCCCCCCCUCCCCCCGUGUUGUCUCCAGUACCUCGAUUGUUUGAUUACUGCCUGUACCAGUUCUGUGAAAUGGUCAUGUUCUUGCGUAGGUAUGCGUGGACUCUGUAGUACGUAUCUGUUAACUUGAAUUUGUGCUUUUAUAGUAUGUUGCAUGUACGUACAGCUACUUGACCUAUUUGGCUUAUGGAUGCUUUUGCCUGCAUUACAGGAGAGCUUGUAUAUGCCAAUUAAAACCACAGAAGAGAAUGAUUAAAUAAAGUUCUCCUGGAAAGGGUGGGGGGAGGGGGGAAGCUGCAGCUGAUCUGCCGAGUGUUAAUUUAAAAAAAAUCACAAGACAAUGGGAGCGAAUUCAUAUUCGCUCUGUGGAUGGUGCUAUGUUGAGAAGGACUACUUUGUUUUAAAUUUAAGUGGAAGGGGAACAGAGGAGACUGCAUGGUGGGUUUUACUGCCUCUGGUGUUUUGAUUGUAUUGUAUUUGGUUUGAUGUUUUGUCCUAAUCUUCUCCUUCAGUAAAUAAAUUGUGAAUUGCACAAC